AUGAGGAACACCACCUUCGGUCUACUCCUCAUCUGCGUGGCCGCGUUGCAUGCAGAUGCAUCGCAAGAGGCUCAGCUCAGAAGGUUCAUCCGGUCUAGACGGAACAGUAGCAAUGCUAACAACAUAGAUGAACCAAGGGUAGGAAUCACUAACACUACUAGUAGCCUGAUAGAGUACUCUACCCAUGACAUGGCCAAUCUGAAGGCCGCCGACAAGAUCCAUGUGCUGCCAGGGCAGCCUAGCGGCACCAUCGGCUUAAAUCAGUACGGUGGGUACGUGACUGUCCACAAGAAGGAUGGCCAGGUGCUCUUCUACUACUUCGUCGAGGCAGCCACCGAUGCGGCGGCGAAGCCACUCCUCUUGUGGCUCAAUGGAGGUCCUGGAUGCUCAUCGCUUGGCUAUGGAGCAAUGAUGGAGGUGGGCCCGUUCCGCGUGAACAAGGACAAAAGAACUCUCAGCGAAAACAUGCAUGCUUGGACCAAAGUGGCCAACGUGAUCUUCCUGGAAUCGCCUGUCGGCGUCGGGUUUUCAUACUCCAACAAGACCCUUGACUUCCACUUGAGCGGAGAUAAGAGUACGGCGGACGACACAUUUGUCUUCCUCCUCAACUGGCUCGAGAGGUUCCCGGAGUACAAAGGCCGUCCCUUCUACAUCUCCGGGGAGAGCUACGGCGGCCACUAUGUGCCACAGCUUGCAGCCACCAUCCUCAGCCACAAUCUCGAAAAUAGUAGCACAAGAACUUCGAUAAACCUACAGGGUAUCCUGGUUGGCAAUCCAUACCUUGAUGCCAAUAUGAAUGCUAAGGGGGAAGUUGACUAUCUGUGGAGCCACGGGAUGAUAUCAGAUGAGGCGUGGGCCAGUAUCACCAAGAAGUGCAGUUUAGACCAGCGAGGUUACAAAGCAUGCGUCACUGAUAUGCACGGUGCUGAUCAAUCUAACAUCGAUCCCUACGACAUAUAUGCAUCGGUUUGCCUGGAAGGGCCAAUUGAAACACAGUACCCCAGCCGCUAUACACCGAGGUCGUAUGAUAUUUGCAGCGAUCGUUACGUAUACGUGUACCUCAAUGAUCCUCGGGUGCAAAAGGCUUUGCAUGCUAGACCAACAGAGUGGACGCACUGCACUUCCGAAAUUGCUUGGAUGGAUGCACCGGCCUCGAUGGUGCCAACGCUUAAAUGGCUGAUAGAGCAGCACCUGCCCGUGUGGCUGUACAGCGGCGACUUUGACUCCGUAUGCCCGUUCAUCGCCACGAGGUACACCAUCAAGGACCUCGGCCUCAACGUCACGGAGCCAUGGCGCCCAUGGAUAGUGAACGAGCGCGAUGAGGUUGGAGGGCACGUUCAGGGAUACACGGGGGGGUUGGUGUUUGCAACUGUGAGGGCAGCCGGGCAUGCGGUCCCAUCCCACCAGCCCGAGGCAGCGCUCGUGCUGGUCAGCUCCUUCCUGAAUGGAACGCUUCCCCCGAGCGAUAAGUGGUGGUGA